CGCGAGAAUGCCGUUGUGAGUUGCCGCGGAGUCAGUCAAGAGUCAAUGAGGAGAAUGCUCAUUUUUUGGUUUCAUAAGGGCCGGAAAGAAAAGGUACACGAAGCAUUAAAUUUGUACGUAGGGUGAUCGGCUUUCCCCUCCUGGCUUCUUGCCUCCACCAUGUUCCUUCAGCCUAUGAUGGUCCUGCUUUAAUCAUUUCCUCUCAAAUGGAAAGGCCGUAGUUGGAAAAUAUGAACACGAAAAUAUCAAAAACAGAUUAUUACAUCAGAUCCGCUCUCGCUGGGGGAUUUGCUGGCGGCGUUGCAAAGACCGCCGUCGCGCCUCUCGAACGUAUCAAGAUUCUAUUUCAAACGCAGAAUCGGGAGUUCACCCGUUUCUCGGGUAGUUGGCGCGGCGCGUACAAUGCACUAGAGCAUAUUGUUCGGACGCAAGGAUUUCUGGCGCUUUAUCGAGGGAAUUCAUUGACCCUUUCGAGAGCUGUCCCACAUGCAGCCCUUGGUUACACGGUGUAUGACACCGCUUCCAAGAUCCUUAUGCCUACCCCUUCCGACCAAACAACUUUUCGGAGGCUUGUAGCUGGUUCUAUCGCUGGUGUUUCUGCGUUACCAAUUACAUAUCCUUUCGAACUUGUCCGCGUACGAAUGGCUGUUGCUACACAGCAUUCCAGUCUCCAGCCGACGCUCUUGACUCUGAUACGCAGCAUAUACAAAGAACACCUGCAUCAUACUCCUCUUGUCCCAGGUGGUCUUCGAAAUUUUUAUCGCGGGUUUAUCGUUACUCUUGCUGGCACCGUUCCAUAUCGUGGUGGGAUUUUUCUGGUAUGGGAGACACUCAACCAGGGCAGCCGCGAACGGCUUUCUCCUGCUUUUCGCGCAGCUAAUCAACACAAGCUACAUUUGAUCAUCGGAGCUAUAGCUGGCACAACCGCUCAGAUUGCCACAUAUCCUCUUGAGGUGGUAAGGCGGAUACAGCAGGCUAGCGGCCAUGCAAGUGGAUCUCAGCGCGCUUAUGGUAUAUGGGAGACGGUGGUAACGAUACAGCGUACGAGUGGAUGGAGGGGCUUCUAUACGGGAUUGGGGAUAGGGCUGGUAAAGCAGGUUCCGAUGCACAGUAUAUCGCUAUCUGUUUGGCAGGCCACGAAGAAACUGCUAGACAUAUAAAACGUCGAACCUUUUGAAGCACCGUUUUCUUCGUGGUUUUGCUACACCCAAAUAAACUUUUCCGGCAUUCAGGCACUAAGGUCUUUUAUAUUAUGGCUUGAACCUGCUGCUUAUAGGAUAGUGCACAUCGGCGUCUAGUUUGAACCAUAUUCUCCGCAGCUGGUCACAUUCUUUUUGCUGGCUUCCGUGCAUCC